UCUCUUGGAGAAACCGGAAGUUUCAUCUUCUUCCAUUUCUUCUACGGGAAGAGCUUUCAAAAGUUAUUAAGACACCGUUGACUCUCCGAUCAUGUCGUCGAGGGCGAGUAGCAGCCGUGGCGGAGAGAGUAUAGUCGCUGAUUGUGGGCGCAAUACAUCCUCUUGCGGCUACUGUAAAUCCCCUACCCCCUCCAGUAUCUCUCACGGUUUGUGGACAGAGACACUCACUGUUUAUGAUUACCAAGCUCUUCUUGACCGUGGAUGGAGACGGUCUGGCUGCUACCUUUACAAACCUGAGAUGGCUAAAACUUGUUGCCCUUCUUACACUAUCCGCUUGAGAGCCUCUGAUUUUGUUCCCUCUAAGGAGCAGCAACGAGUCCGUAGAAGACUUGAAAGGUUCUUGGAGGGUGAGGUAGAUCUGAAGCCGAGAGAGCAAACAGAAGAUUCAGAUGUUUCUUCAGAGCCGGUGAGAAAAUCAGUUGGUUCUGCUAAAAGAGAACAAACCAAUGAAGUGGAACCAGUCCUGAAAGAUUUGUCUGAACAAAUUGAUAAUGCGGUUCAAAGAUGCAUACAGAGUGGGGAGUUUCCUUCUACUAUUCAGGUUCCCAAAUCUUCGGUGAAGAAAGUUCUCUCUGCUAAAAGGAAGAAGCUAGCUGAAGGGUCAGAAGAACUCUUGUACACCAGCAACAUUGCUUUUCCAAUUGUAGCUGCAAUAAAACAAACGCAAACAUCUCAGAAAGGCGAGGGAAGCAACAACACAGAAGAAACAAGUUCAAGAUUAUCACCAGAGACUGUUUCUGAGAUGUUGUUAAGUGAAAUGAACAAGGUAAGAGAGUUCCUUGGCUUGGCUAUCAAGGUCUGCAAAGGCCACAUCAACUUCUUUUCAGCUACCCAAGUCCAUUCCUCAGAAACAGAUCAAGGUGAAAACCUCCUCUCUGCUACAACAACAGAAAAGUCUUCUUCCAACAAACUUCAGGUGAGGAAGAGGAAGCUGGAGAUACAUUUGAAAAGGUCAAGUUUUGAUCAAGAGGAGUAUGAACUAUACAAACGUUAUCAACUGAGAGUUCAUAACGACGAGCCUGAAAGCAUCUCGAAAACUUCAUACAAAAGGUUUUUGGUUGACACUCCGUUGAUUGAAGUUGAUGGUGAUGGUGAUGAUGAUGAAAACGUUCCUCCUUGUGGCUUUGGUUCUUACCAUCAACAAUACAGAGUUGAUGGACGUCUGAUUGCUGUGGGAGUAAUCGACAUUCUUCCCAAAUGUUUGUCCAGUAAAUACCUAUUCUGGGAUCCGGAUUUAGCAUCCUUGUCUCUUGGAAACUACUCAGCACUGCAAGAGAUCGAUUGGGUUAAACAGAACCAAGCUCAUUGCUCUGCUCUUGAGUAUUACUAUCUUGGUUAUUACAUUCAUUCUUGCAACAAGAUGAGAUAUAAAGCAGCUUAUCGUCCUUCUGAGCUUCUAUGCCCUCUCCGUUACCAGUGGGUUCCAUUUGAAGUAGCUAAGCCUCUACUUGAUAAAAAGCCGUAUGCUGUCUUGUCUGAUUUCACUAAAGCUUCUUUAUCACCUGCACCUCAAGCUUCUGAAACACUAGUGGAGUCCACGAGUGAACGUGAAGACAUGGAGAUGAACAACUCUGAUGAAGACUCAGAUUCCGAUUCUAGUGUUAACGGCAGUGACAUUGCCAAUAUCCUUAUCAGUCUUAAUGGAGCUAAGCUUCGAUACAAGGAGUUACUGCGGAUGAUAAACAUGGCGGUUCGUAGACAACUGGAGCCGAUGUUUAUCAGUUACCAGAAAGUCGUGGGAGCUGAGCUCUCGGAGAGAAUGGUGUAUGAACUACAGUAACACUAAGCUUGGUUCAGAUCACUUAAUACUGUUUUGUAACAUUAAUAACAAUGAUACUAUAUCACUGCUGUUAUGUUUCUUCCAUCUUGUCAUGUUUUCUCAGCAAAAUAAAGUGAAACCAAAGUGAUUUUUGUCAUGUUUGUCACUUUAUUUCUCAGCAGAAUAAAGUGAAACCAAAGUGAGCUUGUCACU